AUGGACACCCAAAUCAACAUCAGCCAAAAUGGAAUCUUGGAAGAGCCCUUUCUUUGUUUUGAGUUUAGUAACACCUCUUGUCAGAAGCUUGUCUAUCCUUUGGAAACACGAAUAAUACUUUAUAUUAUUUUCAGUGUCUCUUCAAUUGUCACCAUUAUAGGAAACUUGUUAGUGAUUAUAACUGUUAUUCAUUUCAAGCAGCUGCACACACCAACCAACUACCUCAUCCUGUCUCUGGCUGUUGUCGACCUGCUUGUAGGAGGAGUUGUGAUGCCUCCCAGCAUGCUGCGCUCGAUUGAGUCUUGCUGGUAUCUGGGAGAUUUAUUCUGUAAAAUACACAGCAGUCUGGAUGUGACAUUGUGCACUGCUUCAAUUCUGAAUCUCUUUAUAAUUUCUUUAGAGAGAUAUUAUGCCAUAUGUCAUCCUUUAGAAUAUUAUAGUAAAAUGACAUCACAUACCACUCUGUUCAUGAUUAUUAUUUGCUGGACUGUUUCAGCUACUUUGGGGUUCGGCAUGAUAUUUCUGGAGCUUAAUAUUCAAGGCGUUGAAGAUUUUUACUAUGAAAAUGUUGUUUGUGAAGGAAUAUGCAUAUUGUUUCAUAGUAAAGAGGCAGCUACAGUAAUGUCACUGACCUGUUUUUAUAUUCCUGCUUUUGUCAUGCUCUGUGUGUACCUGAAAAUAUUACAUGUGGCUCAAAGACAGGUGCAGGCCAUCCAGAGCACUAACAGUCAAUUAAAAAAAGAGGGAAAAGCCACCAAGACUUUAGCGAUCAUCAUGGGGGUGUUUCUGUCUUUCUGGAUUCCUUUUUUUCUUUGUAAUCUUAUUGAUCCAUUCAUUGGCUACUUGGUACCACCACUGUUGUUUGAUUUGUUUCUUUGGGUUGGGUACUAUAAUUCCACUUGUAAUCCCAUUGUGUAUGCCUUCUUUAAUAGCAGGUUCAGACAUGCAUUCGGAGUCAUUCUAUCUGGAGAAAUAUUUCAGACUAAUUCUUCAAGGACAAUACUGUUGUAA